GUGUCAAGGUAGCCUGAGGCGAGUGAUAUUUCUAGUUUCUGCCUCCAAGCCCGACACUGCUUGUCCAACACCCAAACGCACCACAAUAAGAAGAGUCACGAUGUCUGCAGCAGAAGCCCAACGCGCAAUUACUCAAGGUGCCUUGGACGCCAUCUUCAACGACGCGGCCAACGUCGACCAGCGCUUUCCCGUCCCCGUUCUCCAAUGUCUCCAAAUCAAGCCCCUCGCAGCCCAGCCGACAGGUGGAGGAGGUGGUGCCGAACGAUAUCGAGUUGUCCUGAGCGAUCUGCGCAAUUAUGUCCAGUGUAUGCUGGCAACCCAGGCAAAUCAUGUCAUACAUGACAACCAGCUGAUCCGAGGAUGCAUCGUGAGGAUCAAGUCUUACCAGGCCAAUUCGGUCAAGGGCAAGAACAUCUUGAUCAUUCUCGACCUCGAAGUCAUUGAGAACCUCGGUGCUCACGACCGUAUCGGCGAACCUGCCGCGUUCGAAGCCAAGCCCGCGGCACCCGCAACAACCACAACGAUUGGCGGUUCGGGCUUCUACGGAACUAAGACCGAGUCUCCGGCACCCGUCAAGUCGGAGCCUACGUCCUCGCGCAUGGGCGGUGGUUCGAACGCUGGAGCCGCCAGCCAUGGCAACAAUGUCAUCUACCCGAUCGAAGCGCUCUCCCCCUACGCUCACAAGUGGACUAUCAAGGCCCGUGUCACAUCCAAGUCAAACAUCAAGACAUGGCACAAGGCAUCGGGCGAGGGGAAGCUAUUCUCGGUGAACCUCCUCGAUGACAGCGGCGAGAUCAAGGCGACAGGCUUCGGUGAGCAGUGCGAUCAAUACUACGACCUGCUGCAAGAGGGAAGCGUCUACUAUAUCAGUAACCCUUGCCGUGUGCAGCUAGCCAAAAAGCAGUUCUCCCACCUACCCAACGACUAUGAACUGACUUUCGAGCGCGACACCGUGAUUGAGAAGGCCGAGGACCAGACGAGUGUGCCCCAGGUGCGAUUUAAUUUCAUCGACAUUCAGGGGCUGCAGGAAGUCGAAAAGGACGCCACAGUCGACAUUGUUGGCGUGCUCAAGGAGAUCGGCGAGGUCUCACAGAUCACAUCCAAGAACACGGGCAAGCCCUACGACAAGCGCGAGCUAACCAUCGUCGACGACAGCAAUUUCUCUGUGCGUGUUACCGUUUGGGGCAAAGGCGCAACUGCUUUCUCCGCACAACCGGAGUCCAUUGUGGCCUUCAAGGGUGUGAAGGUCUCCGAUUUUGGUGGACGUUCACUUUCUCUCUUGUCUUCGAGUACCAUGGCCGUUGACCCUGAUAUCCCUGAGGCCCAUAAGCUGAAGGGCUGGUACGAUUCGCAAGGCCGAGGUGACUCAUUCGCCACGCACAGUAGCAAGUCCAAUAUGCCGACAGGCCGUCAAGACCAGGCUAAGACCAUCUCUCAGAUCAAGGAAGAGGGUCUCGGCAUGGACAACCCAUCCGGCGACUACUUCUCCUUGAAGGCCGCCAUUGUCUACAUCAAACCGGAUAACUUUGCCUACCCGGCCUGUAGCAGUGAAGGGUGUAGCAAGAAGGUGGUGGACCAGGGUGACGGCUGGCGCUGUGAAAAGUGCAACGUCUCGCACCCGCGGCCGCAGUAUCGUUACAUUAUGAGCGUCAAUGUGAACGACCAUACUGGCCAACUGUGGCUCAGCUGCUUUGACGAUGUGGGUAGAGUAGUGAUGGGCAUGAGCGGUGACGAGGCCAUGGAGCUUAAGGAGAACGAUGAGAGCGCCAUAGUAGCUGCUUUCGAGAAGGCGAACUGCACAAAGUUGAACUUCAGGUGCAGAGCCAAGCUCGACACGUACGGAGAGAAUCAGCGUGUACGAUACCAGGUCAUGAGCGCAUCGCCCCUGGAUUUCAAGGCCGAGGCGGCGAAGCUGGCGGACAUGAUAAAGCAGUUUGGUAUCAGUUCGUAAGUGGGUUGGGUGUGGUUUACGCGUCAGUGAUGAGAAGUCGUUGGUGGGAUUGUAUAAGCAUGCAGUUUGUGCUUAGGCGCGCCAUACUUGAGAGUGUAAAUUGAGCUGAGGGUCAUUGUCAUUUACAACAUUGCUGGGAAUGAGAUAUGGCGGAUACGAAAUAGCCAGAUGUACAUGAGAUUCAGUAUGAGGUGUCAUGCUGGACGAGAGGGGUUAGGGUUCAGUGUUCUCCGUUCGUGCUAGUCACUGGCCUAGUUUGGGUCACCUCUCAUAAGUGAGAUGGAGGGGGAUACUUAGCCUUUGGGAAAGUCGCAAUGGCUUGUAAUAACACACGAGUACCUCAAGCGGCUUAACAUGUUGAAGAUUGCUAUGCAACGUCUGUUUCCAUAACAUUCCGGCUAGGGCCACGAGACUG